GGGAAAGAUUGCUCUUUUAAUUAUAAUACUGGCGUAUGAUGGUAGGCAUACCGUCCGUCAAACACAGUGGGGUUUAACGCUAAUGAACUGCCCCUGCUCUGUCAUGUCUUCAUACCUCCUGUGGUUAAAAGUUUCCUGUGUAUAAUGCACGCUGUAAAAAACCAGCUCCUGCCGCGUACUCACUGGAUUCCUUCCUCUCAUCUUUGAAAAUGUCUGACGUUUUAAACGCCUGCACGAACAGCCUGAAGGUGGAGUAAGCCCUGUGCCCCGUUGUCAGUCCGUCCAUCCUGUAUUAGUCUACAGGACACACACGUGUGUUUCAUUUAGGUGACUGUGCGGGGUCGAGCUCCCGACAGCUCGUCUGUUUCCGUUCGGAGGAAAUGAUGGACAAGGAAAGUUUGUGACGCCGCUCCGUGUUGUUGAGACUGUCCGCAGGAGGAGAAAAAAAACACUAGAGAACAUGUUAUUCACUUUCUAUAUUCGUCCUCAACAUAACGCACAGGUAGCCUACGAUAAAUCUGAGAAGUCUGUAUGGAUCUGGGAUUCAUUGGAUGUCCAACUCUGAAAUGUCUCAUGAUUGGAAAUGCAGCUCCACGUCUGUCUGCUGCUCGUUCUUACUACAACAGUUAAAACAUUGGCCCUGUCACAGCACCUCUGCGGUGAAGAUGUUCACUUUGACCAAAAGCCUGCAGGUCAAAUUAAUCUCACUUCACCUGGACAUUUUACUAAUUACACUGACGGAUCAGAUAUCUUGACCCACCACUCUAGUGAAGACACACCAGUUUCAAAUUGCACUUGGACUUUAAAUAUCCCUCUUGGUCGGACGGUACUCUUAAAGUUAGUAUGGCUAGAAAGCAACUCGAGCAUAACCAUUCGUUGUGUGUGGAACAAGGAAGAUCUGGUCCUGGAGGGUGGCGAGGGGACAGCCCUGCUCUCAGGCUGUGAUAAAAACAAAGCAACACUCUCUUGGACAGGAGCAACACAAUCCUCAAACGCAAUUGAGCUGGCUUAUUAUGUCCAGGAAGAUGACACACAUUCCUUUGAGGACCACACCAACCCACAUUCAAACCAUGACCUCUUACGUCGGUCUCAGACAGGAACAAGCUUUACAAGGACUGCUCCCAUUCGUCAAGAGUUUGGUAGAGGAACCGAAGGUCUGGAGUCGAGUUUUGGGCCAUAUUCCUCCUCUCAGGAGCAGGGACUGCUGCACCCCACCUCGCCCGUGCAGGGACUCGCUGGGGCUGGGAGUGCCGAUAGGGAAACUCUCCCUCUUCCUGAGGAAGAACCAAACAAUGGAGCGGAUAAAUCUGGAACUGCUCACCUCGCUGAUGGUCCCACGUCUGCCAGAGAGAGGACACACCCCUAUUUUCAUUCAACAGUCUCACUUUUCCACACUUUAAAUACAGAAAAAACUGAAACAAACUCUAGAAAGAAGCUCCGUGAAACACAAACAACACUGACCAAUAAUAAAGGAAGUAAGUUCGCUAUCUUGCUUUCAGAUAUACAUCAAUUUACAGAAACUGCACCAUCUGUUUCCAGCUUCAUCAGCCCACAAUUCACCACAUCUCCUCCACGUCAAGAUGCUGUUUCAGGGGAACCAGGAGAGAAAAAACCCACUUCCUGGAGGAGCCAUCGCAGCACAGGCGGAAUUUACUCUGAUCAGACUAAUGCCGUCACAUCUGACCCUUUAAAAUCCCCCACCGAACCUCCAGAGGAAUACUCAACCAGUGCAAACACUGAUGCAGAACCCACUGCAUCAUCAUUAUCAUCAGGCUCACAGGGUCCCCACAUGGCUGACUCAUCCACAACCCCAAUUACAGGCAUCAACAAGACUGUUAGUACUUUGGAGGCUGCUUCAUUUCAUCCAAACAGGAGUGGAAAUGGCUCGUUGGUAUCUGCUUCUUCAGAUAUUACGAGUCAAACUGAUGCAUUUGAGUCCUCUGUUAGGCUUGAUAACAUAGAGAUUCUUCAAACGUACACUUCUUCCACACAGAAUCAAACAAACUCCCAUGUCACACAAACUCCUGACACAAACUCUCCCUUCACACAAACUCCUUACACAAACUCCCCAUUUGCACAGACAAGCCAAGAUGACACUCAAGCAGCAACGGAAAAUACACAAAGCAACUUUAAAGCUUUCUCCUCCUCACCUGAUGUUACCGAAGUCGAUGACGGGACUUUCGGUUUCACAGAUUCUCCUCCGACACCGAGAGCAGCACAGACGUUUGUAGAUGUUGACCAGAGCUCGUCUUCCAACGUAAACACUGAAACUUAUACACUGCAUCCCACUUUAAUUGUCUUACAUGACAUCUCUUCCGAAAAUUCACAGACUUCUGCUCCUCUUUUGUCAACAAGUCAAUCGAUACACUUGUCUACUAAUUCAAAAACAAUCCAAACAUACUCUGCAUUGCCUGGUUUUUCAUCUUCUAUUGACACAACCUUGCCUUUGCCUUCCACUACCACUCAAUCCGCAGCACACACACCCCUGUUCGACCAAAACCCAAUACCUACAGACUUAAAAUUAUCAACAAUCAAAUCUACAUCUUCACACACACCUCUUACAAAAUCCUACCUGCCUUUGCCCUCUUCCACCGAUGCCCAGGCUACUCAUAAACAGUCCCAAAACAAUCUAAUUACCACCUACAAUCAUCUGCUCUCACCCACAACCAUAAAACCAGCUGAUAACCAUGAAGACAGAGAGGUAGAGGUAGAGAAACUGGAUGAGAUUUGGCAGGGAUUUCCCAGCAGCACAACCACACAGACUCCCACGGCAGGAUCUCAACGGCAACCUGCCCCUUACACAGCCCUACAUCCCACCAUGGAGAAACCUGCAUCAUUUACACCUUCUGUUUUCAAAUCCAAACCAACCCUGAGCUCCACCACUAGUCAUACACCCAAGUUUUACAUCGUGCCAGACCAGCCUGCAGCCAUCGGAGUGGAGUCUAUUGAGCUGCUGCUUCAGAUCAUUGUAGAAGAUCCCAGAUCAACUUUAAAUCCUGGCUUGGUGGAUGACACAGCUGCCUCGAUAGAGCCAUACCUACACAGAGCCCCAGGGUUCAACAGGCUGCUGGAUGUCUGGAGCAGUGGCCAUGCAGUGCAGAGUCUGGUCCAGUUUAAAACCAGCGGGGCUCUGCAGUGGCUUGGUGUGACAGGACCCAUGUCGCUGUUAGAAAGAACUGGACUCGCUCAGGCUGUUCGUGAAGGAAGGAAAUUCAGAUCCUCCAAGAUCAACAACAUCACACUGGGAGGUGUGCAGGCUGAUGUGUGUGACUGGUUACUGACGUGCCCAUCAGGGUUUAAGUGUGUGUCCCAGCCUGGCUCUUCAAACUACAGCUGCUCUUCCUUCUGCCACUUUGACCACUGCCACCACCACGGCAUCUGUACACACCAUCCAAGCCAACUUCCCAUUUGCCGCUGCCUUGUUGGAGAGGAUUUCUGGUACAUGGGUCAGAGGUGUGACGUGAGGAUGACUCGGGUGCGGCUCGUGGGCGCAUGUCUCGCCAUCUUACUCAUCAUGGUGACAGUGAUUGGCAUUUUGGCUUUUGUUGCAGUGCGACGCUACAAAGCAGCGCUGAUCCAGGCCAAAGUGGAUCAGACACGGAGCAGCUAUCGCAGGUUCAACCAUUUCGACGAGCUGUCAGGGCGGUUCUGGUUACGUUCAAUGGCAGGAUCAGCAGACUCGCUGGAUAAUCCUGCUUUCACGCGCUCCGAUGAGUUACUGCACCUGCGGGCACUCGACCGCCCCUGCUGUUACCACGACGACACACUGUCCCUGGCGUCCACCUGCCCCAGCCACGGCACACGAAUCAACACAAUCUAUCCUCACAGCUCACAGUACGGGUGGAGGGGAAGCGAGGUGAGCAUGGGAGAUGGUGUGUUGGAUUCAGGUAAGGCCAGUGACCUCUCUGUGUGUAGCUGGCCUGUCGAACCCAUUCAGUGGACUCCUUUCCCACUUCUGCAGCAGCUGGCUUCUAACAGGACACCCAUGGUGAGGGUGUCGAGGCCUCGGUCUUACUGUGAAGGCAUGGAGCUGGUAGACAUGGGGAAGAGCUGGACUGCUUGAAACACAAAGAAAAAACUAAAAUGUUCUAACACUGGUGUACUCAUUUCGUUUUGGAAUUUCAGGCCUCAACAGUUGUUUUGUUGAUAAAAAAGCAAACAGUAACUCUAUGUGUUUAUAUUUGUGAUGGGUUUUUUUUGUUACAUUUUUCAGUGUGUCUAAAAUAUGUCUUAUGUUCAGCCUGACAGGAUAUACUGCCAAAAAAAGAUGAACAACCUGUCUAAAUGUCUACGCAAUGCUUUAAUACACAUAAAUCUUACUCAGGGCAAGAAUAAAAGUAUGAUAUACUUUGCCUUUUUCAAUAAGUUCUUGUGUAUUUCAACCAUAGACUGUAAAUAAUAAUAUACAGUCUAUGAUGUCAACACACUAAGAGUACUAAGGUUAGCAGUUAGCAAUAAAGAGUGAAUUGUUUAGCACACAACGUAAUGCAUACAAACAUUUGACAGAGAGAAGACUAUGUCCCUUAAAGUGCAAAAAAGACAGAAGAAAAAAAGAGGGAGCUAGUCAAAGGGUGAUAGUUGAUCAUUUUAAAAACCUUUCUUGAACUUAAACGGUGAACAUAAAGCCAUCAUCAGCAUUAGCUUAGCAUAGUGCAAACACUGGAAGCAGUGGGAAAAGUUAGCUUACUCUGUCGGCAAGUGGAAAAAAAACCCUGCUUUCCUGCAACUUUAAAGUUUACUAAUUAAAAUGUUAUAUCAUGUUGAAGUUCUGUAAAUAAAAUGUAGUAUAAAAAACUG